GGAAGAGACAGCACCAGGCACUCUCGGGCUCAGAAGGGGAUCUUGGGGAUGGUUGGAUCGUGUGGCUAGCGCUGGCCGGGCUCACUCUAGUGACUUCGUAGGACAUCACCCACUGCUUGUCUCGUCCUUGCUAGUUCCAGCCAGUGGUGCUUUAAUCCCUUCCCAGUCUUGGGAGCUGGCCUACAGGAGCAGUGGCUUACUCGUGGUUCUUCUUACUGGUGGCUGAACCCCUUGUUUAAAAUUGGGCACAAACGGAGGUUAGAGGAAGAUGACAUGUAUUCGGUGCUUCCAGAAGAUCGCUCGAAGCAUCUGGGAGAGGAGUUGCAAGGGUGCUGGGAUAAAGAAGUUUCGAGAGCCGAGAAAGAUGCACGGAAGCCUUCUUUAACGAAAGCCAUCAUAAAGUGUUACUGGAAAUCCUAUGUAGUUCUGGGAGUUUUUACGCUCAUUGAGGAAGGCACCAAAAUAAUCCAGCCCAUAUUUUUGGGGAAAAUUAUUAAUUAUUUUGAAAACCAUGAUCCUACUAAUGCUGUGGCUUUGCACGAAGCCUAUAUCUACGCCACGGUACUGACUGUCUGCACGCUUAUCCUGGCCAUACUGCACCAUCUGUACUUCUACCACGUUCAGUGCGCGGGCAUGAGGCUGCGCGUCGCCAUGUGUCACAUGAUUUAUCAGAAGGCGCUUCGCCUCAGUAACGUGGCCAUGGGGAAGACGACCACCGGCCAGAUCGUCAAUCUGCUGUCCAACGACGUGAACAAGUUCGACCAGGUGACAAUGUUCUUGCACUUUCUGUGGGCAGGGCCACUGCAGGCGAUCGCAGUGACUGCCUUGCUCUGGAUGGAAAUCGGAAUAUCCUGUCUUGCGGGGAUCGCAGUCCUCAUCAUCCUUCUGCCCUUGCAAAGCUGCAUUGGGAAGUUGUUUUCAUCAUUCCGGAGUAAGACCGCAGCCUUCACAGACGUCAGGAUCAGGACCAUGAAUGAGGUUAUAACUGGCAUAAGAAUAAUAAAAAUGUAUGCUUGGGAGAAGUCAUUUGCAGACCUUAUCACCCAUUUGAGACGGAAGGAAAUUUCCAAGAUUCUGAGCAGUUCCUACCUCAGAGGAAUGAAUUUGGCGUCAUUUUUCGUUGCAAGCAAAAUCAUCAUUUUCGUGACUUUCACCACCUAUGUACUCCUUGGCAACGUGAUCACAGCAAGCCAUGUGUUCGUGGUGGUGUCGCUGUAUGGCUCUGUGCGGCUGACCGUCACCCUCUUCUUCCCCGCGGCCAUUGAGAAGGUGUCCGAGGCGGUCAUCAGCAUCCAAAGAAUCAAGAACUUUCUGUUGCUUGACGAGAUCUCACAGCGCACCCCUCAGCGGCCAUCAGAUGGUAAAACCAUAGUGCACGUGCAGGACGUCACUGCCUUUUGGGAUAAGACAUCAGAAACGCCAACCCUACAAGACCUUUCCUUUACUGUGAGACCGGGGGAAUUGUUAGCAGUGAUCGGACCUGUGGGAGCAGGAAAGUCGUCGCUGUUGAGCACCGUCCUCGGUGAGCUGCCCCGGAGCCGGGGGCUGGUCAGCGUGCAUGGAAGGAUCGCCUACGUUUCUCAGCAGCCCUGGGUGUUUUCGGGAACUGUGAGGAGUAACAUUUUAUUUGGGAAGAAAUAUGAGAAGGAACGAUACGAGAAAGUGAUAAAGGCCUGCGCUUUGAGAAAGGAUUUGCAGCUUUUGGAGGACGGAGAUUUAACCGUGAUAGGUGAUCGGGGAGCCACGCUGAGCGGGGGGCAGAAGGCCCGCGUGAACCUCGCCAGAGCAGUGUAUCAGGACGCGGACAUCUACCUCCUGGACGAUCCUCUCAGUGCAGUGGACGCAGAAGUUGGCCGGCACUUGUUUGAACUGUGUAUUUGUCAAACCUUGCACGAGAAGAUCACAAUCUUAGUGACUCACCAGUUGCAGUACCUAAAAGCUGCAAGUCAGAUUCUGAUAUUGAAAGAUGGCAAGAUGGUACAGAAGGGGACUUACACGGAGUUUCUGAAAUCUGGGGUGGAUUUCGGCUCCCUUUUAAAGACGGAGAACGAGGAGGCUGACCAGAGUCCUGCUCCAGGAUCUCCCGUCCUGAGGACUCGGAGCUUCUCCGAGUCUUCCAUUUGGUCCCAGCAGUCGUCCAGACCCUCGCUGAAAGACGGCGUGCAGGAGGUCCAGGAGAACGAGAACACACCGGCUGCUGUGUCCGAGGAGAGUCGUUCAGAAGGAAAAGUCGGUUUUAAGGCCUACAAGAAUUACCUAGCGGCCGGCGCUCACUGGCUGGUCAUUGUGUUCCUCGUUCUGUUAAACGUCAUAGCUCAGGUCGCCUACGUUCUUCAGGACUGGUGGCUCUCCUACUGGGCAAAUGAACAAAGUGCCCUGAAUGUCAUGGUAAAUGGAACAGAAAAUGUCACUGAGAAGGUCGAUCUUGCCUGGUACUUAGGAAUUUACUCAGGUUUAACGGUGGCUACUGUCCUUUUUGGCAUAGUGAGAUCUCUUUUGGUAUUCUAUGUCCUCGUUCAUUCUUCGCAAACUCUGCACAACAAAAUGUUCGAGUCCAUUCUGAGAGCUCCGGUGUUGUUCUUUGAUAGAAACCCAACAGGAAGAAUUUUAAAUCGUUUCUCCAAAGACAUUGGGCACAUGGAUGACUUGCUACCCCUGACGUUUCUAGAUUUCCUCCAGACAUUUCUACAAGUUCUUGGUGUGGUGGGUGUGGCGGUGGCUGUCAUUCCGUGGAUCACAAUUCCUCUGAUUCCCCUUGGCAUCCUUUUCUUUGUUCUUCGGUGGUAUUUCUUAGAAACGUCGAGAGAUGUCAAACGCCUGGAAUCUACAACACGGAGUCCGGUGUUCUCCCACUUGUCGUCCUCUCUCCAGGGACUCUGGACCAUCCGGGCAUAUAAAGCUGAGGAGAGGUUCCAGGAACUAUUCGAUGCUCACCAGGAUUUGCAUUCAGAGGCAUGGUUCUUGUUCCUGACGACGUCCCGAUGGUUCGCCGUACGUCUGGAUGCCAUCUGCGCCAUCUUUGUCAUUAUUAUUGCCUUUGGGUCCUUGAUUCUAGCAACGACUGUAGAUGCUGGGCAGGUUGGCCUGGCGUUGUCCUACGCCCUCACCCUCAUGGGGAUGUUCCAGUGGUGCGUCCGGCAGAGCGCCGAAGUGGAGAAUAUGAUGAUUUCAGUGGAAAGGGUGAUGGAGUAUACAGACCUUGAGAAAGAAGCCCCUUGGGAGUACCAGAACCGCCCUCCGCCCAACUGGCCCCAAGACGGCACGAUCGUCUUUGAUAACGUUAACUUCUCCUACAGUUUAGAUGGGCCUCUGGUUUUGAAGCACCUGACAGCACUCAUUAAAUCAAAGGAAAAGGUCGGCAUUGUGGGAAGAACAGGAGCUGGAAAAAGUUCCCUCAUCUCGGCCCUUUUUAGGUUGUCAGAACCGGAAGGUAAAAUUUGGAUUGAUAAAAUCUUGACAACUGAAAUUGGGCUUCACGAUUUAAGGAAGAAAAUGUCCAUCAUACCUCAGGAACCUGUUUUAUUCACUGGAACAAUGAGGAAAAAUCUGGAUCCCUUUAAUGAGCAUACGGAUGAGGAACUAUGGAAUGCCUUAACAGAGGUACAGCUUAAAGAAGCCAUUGAAGAACUUCCUGGCAAAUUGGACACCGAAUUAGCAGAAUCGGGAUCGAACUUCAGUGUUGGACAGAGACAGCUGGUGUGCCUCGCCAGGGCCAUCCUCAGGAGAAACCGGAUAUUGAUCAUUGAUGAAGCGACAGCAAACGUGGAUCCAAGAACUGACGAAUUAAUACAAAAAAAAAUCCGUGAGAAAUUUGCCCAGUGCACCGUGUUAACCAUUGCCCACAGGUUGAACACCAUUAUUGACAGUGACAAGAUCAUGGUUUUGGAUUCAGGAAGACUGAAGGAGUAUGAUGAACCCUAUGUUUUGCUGCAGAAUGAAGAAAGCCUGUUUCACAAGAUGGUACAGCAGCUGGGCAAGGCAGAAGCUGCUGCUCUCACCGAAACAGCAAAACAGGAGUAUUUCAAAAGGAAUUACCCAGAUAUUACUCACAGAGACCACGUGGUCAUGAAUGCUUCCAAUGGACAGCCCUCAGCCUUCACUAUUUUUGAGACAGCACUGUGAUCCUACCCCAACAUCAAGUCUGUUCCAAAGGCAUUUUUGUAUAGUUUCUGCACUGUGUAACUAUAUAUUGUACUUUUUACACUAGCAAAAGAUAUUUUACACACACAAGAUGUUUGGAGUUUUUCUCCGACUUCACUUGGUGAUUUCAAGCUCGAGCAGAAUGAUGUACUAUUUUUUUAUUUAUAUAUUAUAGUGUUUUUUUUUUUUUUU